AUGGCUGUGAAUGACAAAUUACCAAUUACGUCAGAGCUUGUUAACAACUUUUUGAACACACGUAAUGGAAUGGUUAUCGAUAAUGGAUCUGGCUAUAGUUUUUUUAAGACAGGCGAAAUACUUUCUUCAUACAAUAGAAAGUGUUCGAUUGAUGUUGAAAAUUCAGGAUCGACUAGAAUGGCCGUAUUCCAAUUCUUCAAUGACUUUAAAAACCAAAAACGAUUAUCCAUUAGGACUGACGUUUCUAGAAGUAUAUUUGAAAUCGCAAGCAGUACUUUUCAAUCCUCAAUUCUUGUAAUUUUAGGAAUAUUUAUUACUGUAUCAAUGAUUUGUUUUAUACUUUUCGAGAUAGUUAUUAUAAGGAGAUUAAUCAACAUUAGAAAUCACGUGAGAACCAUCACAAACGAAAACAAUUUCUCAAAAACUAUUCCGAAAUCUAUAUUCAAUGACGAGCUGGAACAACUUUCUGCAGAUAUUAACACCAUGUUGAGAUCCCUCCUACAAUAUCAAAAUACUAUGGAGCUGGAUACCCAAACCAUGCAGAGUCUUUUGGAAAGAAUCUCUCUCGCAGAAGAACAAGCAAGAUGUGUUAUGAAUAUUGUUCAGGAUUUUAUAUUAAUUAUUGAUGCUUCUGAUGGUGCAAUGUUGACCAUGAAUUCUGCUUUCAAAAAGCAUAUACUGAACACAAAAGAACCAAGUACGAACAAUUGUUCUCCUAACUCCAAUGGAUUCUGUUCAAACAACAACUUGUCAAUCAGCCAAACUGAAUCUCAAGAGCUAAUUUCAGAGGUCAGGCAUCAACUUGUAUUACAUUAUUUUGUGGAGUUUAAUUCAAUGGAAAAGACUGCUUGA